AUGGGAAAUGAAUCAGCAAAGAGUGUUACAAAGGAUUCUUCUGAAUUACUCUUAAGUAUAAUUUCUAAUCAAAUCAGGCCAACAUACGAAGACAAUUGAGUCAUCAUAGGUUGAAAAUUCUAAAAUAUUUGUUUAAGAAAACAAACUUUCAUAUUGUAUUGUUUGUUGCAAUUGUUUUGGUUUAAUCAAAACUCAAUUAGUUGAGAUUUAGCUUACUUGGAUUGAUUAUACUUUAAGAAAAUUAAAUAGAAGCGAAUAUAAACACUAAGCAUGGUCAGAUCUAAUAAAAUAGAGAUUGCAAAAUAUUGAUAUAAAGAAUUUUGAAGAUCAACAAGCAAUCUAUUUAAAUAAAAUAAGAAUGAUUAUAAGUAGUUAUGAAACAAAUUCUUCAAUGUAUUAAAACAAAAUUUCAAAUCAUUAUGAAAAUAUUGAGCAAUCAAAAAUUAAUAUUUUUGAGUAUUAUGAAGAAGAAGCCAAUACUAUUUUUGAAGAUCGCAAAAAGUCUUGUAUAAAUGAUAAGCAAUUCUUCAGAGAAGUAAUGGGAAUGAUUAACUAAUAAAUUAAAAUUGUUGAUCAUCCAUGUGGAUUAAUUUUACAAACAUUUCAAAAUUAUAUCGUAAAUUAUACUGGGCCUUAAGUUUGGUUUAGAGAUUCAUUCAGAAGAGAUAAAUAUAAAGAUUAAUUAAUAAAAAGCACAGAACUUUGUGAUGAAAUUAUAGAGUUUCUUAAAUUCUUUGUAAAUUGUAUAGAUAGUUAUUAUAUGAUUGAUAAGUUUGUUCAAUCAACCCACUUAUUAAAUUGUUUUACCAGUACUAAUAAUAUAGCAUUUGUUAUUAAUAUAUUAUUUUUGGAUGAAAGAAUAUAUAUCAAAAUUUUGAAGAGUUUUUCUGAACUUUAUGCAUUUGAAAAUUAUCAAUACUAAUUGAGCUUGAGAAUUUUAAAUCAGAAUACAAUUGCUGAUUUUGACGUUCAUUUAUAAUUAUAAUUGAACUCUAAUACUUAAAUUUCAUUUGAAUUUUAAUAAGAUUACCUAAAAGGUAAUCCAUCAAUAUAAUUUUCUGAAUAUGAGGAUUUCAAUUAGCCUUAUUAAUCAGCAAUUAACACUUUAAAAUAGCUAGAGUAAGUGUAAUCACCAGCAAACUAAUUGAAAAUUAUCUCAAAGACAUUCAAAUAAAUCAAUUUUUGCAUACAUGAUUAUUAUGAAAAACAUCCUGAACUUGAAGCUUUAAAGAGUUAUGGAACAGAUGAUAUAGUUCCUAUCUUAACAUAUGUCAUUGUUAAAUGCAACAUACAAAACUUUGGAAUUAUUUUAAAAGUAUAUUUCAAUAUUUAAUAAGAUUAUUGAAGCCUUUACACCAAAACAAAUAAUGACUGGAAUACUGGGAUAUUAUCUAGUUACAAUACAGGGUUGUUAUUAAAGAAUUUCAUAAUAUGAAAAAUUUUAAUAAGUUAGGCAAACAUUAUAAACGACAAAACCUGAAGGUGAAACUGUGCAUCAAAAUUAAUUUUAAUAAAAAGUUCUCAGUUCUGAUUAAUUCAAAAUCUGA